AACACGACAUAUAAACAUAAAGAUCUGUGUACACACACACAGAGAGAGAGAGAGAGAGAGAGAGAGCGGCCAGGAGAGGGAGGAGGAGAGUCGACAGUCAUCUGAUUCUUUUCCUGUCCCACCCUCUACCGGACAGACGGGAAGAGCUGACGGCGCUCGAGCUCCACACACCGCCUCUGAGAGCGACUCCGAGCCGUGCGAAUCAACACAGGCGACGCGGAGCGGCAGAAACGACGCGACGCGACGCCACUGAAACAGCGAGGCGCGAUCAGCCGCGCAGACAGAAGUUCCAGAACUUGAGCAGAACUUCAGAAACGGAUCAGACCCGCGAUGAUCGGAGGAACCUGACGACGCGAGCGCGUUUCUGAGCGCGUUUGUCCGCGAGUCGGAGCGGCUUUUCCUGCUAUUCUUCUUCUGAGCGCUUCCUGCUCGGGCAAAACCACCAACAGCUAAAAAUACUGAGCCCUCAAUGGAGCCCUGAGCACAGACUUCAGCUCUCCAGGGCCGAUGCGUCUCCAGUCGCUCGGGGGUUUUACAAGGACUUGAGAUCUCUGAGAUGUUUUCCUCUCGUAUGUGAUGUUUUGGGGGUAGAUGCUCGUGGAGUGACUGAUUUGGUGUUUAGAUGGGGAUCGAUGACUGAUGGAGACGCUUCCACCGAUGAUCCGGGCGUACAGGGUUGUGACAAACCCACAUGAACUUCAACAUCACACUUCUUCUGAUUUCACUCAAAGUGCCUUGUAAACUCUCCAUGGAGCCGCUGAAAAACAUAUUCUCCCGCGGCCCGCUGUCCGCCUGGAAGAGUCUGGAUCACACUCAGAAGGGUAACUUCACCAAUCCGGUUUGGACCGCUUUGUUCGACUACGAGGCUUCGGGGAUAGACGAACUCACGCUGCGUAAAGGAGACCUGGUGGAGGUCCUGUCUCUGGAUUCGGAGAUAUCCGGAGACGAAGGAUGGUGGGCGGGAAAGGUCAACAACAAGUUGGGAAUCUUCCCCUCCAACUAUGUCUCCUUCAAGCCCAGUGGAUACGGUGAGCUGCAGGGCUCGGGUCUGGGACCGGCCGUGGUGAGCGAGCUGGAGCCGGACACGGUGGACUUCAGCGAGCUGAGUCUGGAGGAGGUCAUCGGGGUCGGCGGCUUCGGGAAGGUCUACCGAGGGACAUGGAAGGGCGAGUUGGUGGCUGUGAAAGCGGCCCGUCAGGAUCCAGACGAGGACAUCAGUGUCACAGCACAGAACGUCCAGAACGAAGCCAGGCUCUUCGCCAUGCUCAAGCACCCCAACAUCAUCGCACUCAUCGGUGUUUGCCUGCAGGAGCCCAACCUGUGUCUGGUCAUGGAGUAUGCGUCCGGUGGCCCGCUGAGCCGCGCUCUGGCUGGACGGAGGAUCCCACCGCAUGUGCUGGUCAACUGGGCAGUGCAGAUCGCCCGAGGGAUGCAGUACCUGCACAACGAGGCCAUCGUCCCCGUCAUCCACCGAGACCUCAAGUCCAACAACAUUCUGCUGGCAGAGCCUGUGGAGCAGGACAGCAUCGAGGGUAAAACCCUGAAGAUCACCGAUUUCGGUCUGGCGCGUGAGUGGCACAAGACGACGAAGAUGAGCACCGCAGGAACCUACGCCUGGAUGGCCCCGGAGGUCAUCAAGUCCUCCACCUUCUCCAAAGGCAGCGACGUCUGGAGUUAUGGUGUGUUAUUAUGGGAGCUGUUGACCGGAGAGUCUCCCUACAGAGGGAUCGAUGGUCUGGCCGUGGCUUACGGAGUCGCUGUGAACAAACUGACCCUUCCGAUCCCGUCCACCUGCCCGGAGCCCUUCGCCCAGCUCAUGUCCGAGUGCUGGGAUCAGGAUCCGCACCGCAGGCCCAGCUUCUCCUCCAUCCUGCAGCAGCUGAUGGCUCUGGAGGAGCAGGUGAUGCACGAGAUGCCACAGGACUCCUUCCAUUCGCUCCAGGAGGACUGGAAACUGGAGAUCCAGGACAUGUUUGAUGAGCUGCGGGCCAAAGAGAAGGAGCUGCGGUGUCGUGAGGAGGAGCUGAAGCGUGCGGCGCUGGAGCAGAAGUCUCACGAGGAGUUCCUCCGUCAGCGCGAGCAGCAGUUAGCGCAGUGGGAGCAGGACGUGUUCGAGCGCGAGCUAUCACUGCUCAUCAUGGACCUCAACCAGAACCAGAAACCCAACGUCAAGAAGCGCAAGGGAACCUUCAAGAAACACAAGCUGAAGGGGAAGAACGGAGAGAAGAUCAGCAUGCCGCAGGAUUUCAUCCAUAAGAUCACGGUCCAGGCGUCUCCGUGUUUGGAGAAGAGGCGUAACUCUCCGGAUCUGGGAUCGCCGUCCAUCGGUCCACGCUUCCGAGCCAUACAGCUGGGUCCCAGUGAGAGCAAGUGGAGCUCGGUUUGGCCGCUGGAGACUCUUCCUCUCAAGCAGACCAACGGAGAGAGGAAAUUCACUCCUCAUCUGAGCCCCAAAAGCCCCAAGAGUCCAAAGAUCCUCCGUCUGAGCACGCAGGAGAACAGUCUGUCGAUGCGAGCCAAACUCCUGGAGGUGGACAGUAACGAGAGCGAGGAAUCCAGAGCUGAUUUUGAGGAGUACAGACCCAUCACACCAGAGUCCAGCCACAACGAGGGCUCUGAGAGCGAGGAGGGCUCGUCCCCGUGUGGUUCUCCCAGACCGGAUGCCCCCGGGCCGGUGUGUCGAGUGAAGAGCACACACCGCGCUCUGCUCAGCAGCGCCGCCCUGCUGGCGUCCAUGGCUCUGGGCCGCUGUGUGGAGCCGCAGCACCCGCCCACUCCACCGCCGCGCACCUCGUCCCGAACACACCUCCCGGAGCCCGAGGUGGGGGAUCUCAUCAGCUUCAGCACGGACUCCCUGCCGCGGGGCCUUCUGGACUCGAACCCACGGCACGACCGGACUCCACACGCUAACGGAGACGCCGAGGGACCGCGGCAGAGCGGGGAGCGCAGGAGGAGGAGCAGCUGUGGACUCAGCUCCUCACAGCUCAUCUUGGAUCUCCCGCUGUGUCAGGACACGUUUGAGGCCGAGGACAAGUCUCCGCUGCCGUUCGCUCUGUAUCCAGACCCUCGCUUGUGGAGCCCUAAAACCCGGCGUCUGGAGGUCAACAUCAUCCCUCGUCCGCGUCCGUCCCCUAACCGUCCCCGCAUUGACCCGUGGAGCUUCGUAUCGGCCGGCGUGACGGACAGAGCGGCCGCCCAGAGGGUCAUCAGCAGCCCCACGAGCCCUCGACUGACCUACCAGCCCUCGCCCACAAACCCCUUCACAAACUGUGACCCCUUCCCUUCCCCGGACUGUGACCCCUUCAUUCUGAGGGUCGACCCUGCUGUGAACUCGGACCACGCCUCAACCUUUGACCCCUUCUCAGCCCCGUUCCCCACCUCGCGCUCAGCGCCCUGCUCCACCAAUGGCAGUCCCAAUCUGUCCCUGCGGGUGGCGCCGCUGAACCCGGCCGACUCUCCGCUCUUAGACCUGAGCUGGAUGGGUGUCAGCCGGCCCCUCGACGGCCCCAAAGAGAGGGUCCAUCCUCACCGGAGCCUCGGCCUCAGUCCGUUCAGAUCCUCAGCGCCGCUCAGAGACGACCGGUUCUGAACCCCGUCCCGCAAACGAGGGUCCAUGCCAGUUCUGGGAAGCCAAACGCAGGGGAUGUGACACACCAGUAUUGUUGAUGUCCUGGAGUCACUUCCUCUCUGAUUGUGUGAUCUUUCGGCGCUGUCUCAGGGUCGUAUCGGCCUCUAGCUGAGCUUAAAUAGAUCCACACUUGUUGCAUCGCUUUAAUCAGUCUCAAAAGUGAUGCAGUCAGUGCCAAAAGAUUUCAAAAUGAUUGCUUAAGAUUCUUCUCUGUUGACCAUUAAGGUUGAGUUAUUAUGCAUUCUGAGAACGUUCCAUUACACAUCCAACAUACACUGGUGGAUAAAACCAUCAGAACACUAGUAUUAUCAGCUGCUAAAAAUGGUUUUAAGUCAGUUAUGUCUAUCUUCUGCUGUAGUGUGUCCAGUACUGUUAGAAGUUUGGUCGUUGGCACAGUUCCUUUGGAUUUAGUUUGUCUCAGUUUGUUCUGUUUCUUCAUAGAAAUUACUGACUUAAAUUGACCAUUACUGACCAUUUGUAGCUGGUUUAAGUACUAGUGUUCUAAUCAUUUUGGCCACCGCUGUAGUUGCCAAAGAUUGGAAGAAGUUCACGUCUGAUGAUGAGUUGUGGUUUUUAUGUUGAAGCCGGUCAACAAACGAGCAGAAUGGAUCUAGUAAUUCACAUGAUGCAUGAGAAACGUUCUGCUGACCUCGCUGGAGGUGUUUGGGCAGGGGAAGUGCACUUAACCCAUUUUUAGGUAGACUUUAACCAACUGAAAGGAUGUCUCAGCAGACAGAAGUAGAAAUAAAGAUCAGCCAAUAAUAGUCAAAAUCAAUAUGGAAACCCAAAUGUAAACCUCAGAUCACUUCCAGUAAAAUAAUAUUUAAACAUUCUUAAAAUGAGAUGCAUUGAGAAGAAAUACAUUUUGUAUUUCUCAAACCUCACACUGUUGUUAUAUUUAUGGCUAAAACAUUUUGGGAAUGCAUUGAGACAAAAGUUCAUACAAGCAUGCUGGUUUUAGGUUGGAUUUCCAGUACAAAAUAUCUAAAUUAAUACACAUUUGCUGGAGAUGAAUAAUUAAUUGUCUAUCAAAAUGAAGAGAUUUCACUCAUAAAAUAAGAAUGAAACUGUUCAUGGGGUAAGAAAAAUGAACCAAGUUUUUUUUUUUUUUAUCAUUUUUUUUUUUAUUUUAUUUUACUCUAACCCAAGUUUCCCAAUCAAGGCUUAAUGUAAUGAAACUUGCUCUGAUUUAUCUUAAACACAUCAGUGGCUGUGUUUUUUUAAAACAUAAUGACUUCAAUGUCCUAAUUGAACUAUGGCUUGAGUUAAGCAUAAGUUCACUUCAUUUGAUCAUUUUUAUUGGAAAACUAGACUUUGUUUCUCAAAUAAAUCCAUCUCUGAGAAUGGUUAGGUAGUUUUACUGUAAAAUAUAGACACAGAGAAAAUCAUUAUUGCAUUGCUGGACGAUGGCCUCCUUUGGUGCUUCGCUCCGUCAUCGAGCACUUGUACAGCAGAUUUACAAAUCUCAGAUCAUUUUUAAGUGUCUCGUUUUUAAAAAAACUUACGUAUUAUUUCAGAUUUUUGACGCACAGUCUGUGAAUGUCGUAGAGUGAAUCUGGUGUCCUUCACCAUUGUGAACCAUCAGUUAUCAAUCUGAACUUUGAGAUGCAUUUUUUUAUCCUUUAUUAAAAGCUUCCAUAGAUCUGUGAAAUUGAUCCAUUGAAUAAACUCAGAACUGGAGUUUAUUGUGAGAUGAAUUCAAAGUUAGGACCAGUGUCAGAAUUGCAACAUGUAAACUUCAAAUUUAGGGGGAGAAAAAAGCUAAAUUGUGAGUUAUAAAUAUAUUUUAAUUCUGAGGAGAAGAUGUAACCAUAUACUUGCAUUUAAGUAAAAUAUAUAAACAAAUAUUAUACACUUGCAAUUUGGAGUUUAUAAAUUGCAGUUGUGAGAUACAAAUUCAUAAUUGUGAAAUAUGUCAUAAUUGUGAGAUAAAAAGUUGCAGUUACAUUUAAAAAAAGUUUAGUUGUGGUGGAAACCACAGACUUCCAUUGAAUUGUGAGCUAUAAACUAAGAAUUCAGAGAAACAAAGCCUGAAUUAGAAGACUGAAAGUCACAAUUACCCUUUAUGUUUUUAUUCUGUGGUGAAAAUAAGAAAAUAUAUGGGAUAUUUCUGCUUGACAUCUUUGUCUUCAAACAGCGCUGCUAGUUGUGUUCAGAUCAGAUGGUUUCUGCUCAUGUGUGAUGAAGAUGAUCAGGUUCUGUGUUUUAGCCACCAUCUGUACAUCGUACUGUAUGCAGAUCCUGCUCACAGUGAAUAAAGCUAAUCGCAAGCUAUUAAUAUAUUUAUUACUGAGGCCUUUAACACACUGGAUUCGAGAGAUUUUAAAGGGUCAGAGACACAGUCCACGUUAGGAUGCUUUAUUAAAUUGUACAUGGAGAAAUAUCUUUUGGUUCUUCACUGGAGUCUGUGGAGUUAUGGGUGCCGCAAAGGGACAAUUCUGUGUUUUACAAUGUGAGAAAUACAAACAAAGACUUGCCUUGAGUGAAAAGAGAAAUAUCUGAUCUGUUUUUCCUGGGAAUUCUUCUUUUAUGCUCAUUGUUUUUUAGAUUUAUUUGACCAAAACACUCCAGGCGUCUCUCAGGACAGACAGAUGUUCACGUUUAUCUUCCACUACCUGCUAAAAACACACAGAUUUGAGGAGAAUCUUCUGUGCGGGAGGAAGAGCUCUUUUUCAUGUUGAUUCAUGUUUUAUUGUAAGCUUAUUGCAAUAUAUUCAGUUCUGGUGAAGCCCGUAUAACAUCUGUCGUGUGUGUGUGUGUGUUAUUCUCAAUGGGCUGGGCCUAAUCACUCCAUUACUGUGUGUGUGUGUGUGUGUGUGUGUGUGAGAGAGAGAGACAGAGUUCGAUGAUGAGUGUGUUUCUUUUUUAAAGAAGGUGUGGAUGUUUAUUUUGCUAAUUGUAAUGGGUUUUAACCUGUGGAACUUUUAAGAAAAAAAAAAAAGAGAUAAAGGAGCAAGACCAA